AGACAAAGCUAAACACAAAUUUAAACAAAGUUCGGUACUCGGAUCAAAGUUUUAUUUCCUGAAAGCUGUUGUUUGUGUUUUUGCGUGGGAGGAUAGGUUGACAAUCAGCUGAAAAAGGCAACGAAGGUCAGUAGAGGCAAAGAGUAUAUAACUGCUUACUACUCGCUGCAGGUUCAUCUUCCUCUGUCGACAACGAAGGCGGGUAAGUUGAACUGAAUUUCAUUUCCAGUGAGAUUUUUACACGUUAGUGAGUAUCAACAUGUGUGUGUGUGGAUAGAGAGAGAGCAAGAAUCUCAUUAGACCAUUCUGUGUUCCAGAACUUCAGUGCAUACAUUCAGAAGAUGUUUCACCUGGUGACACUAGUACUGCUGGGUCUGCUGACCUUUGAGGUCACGGAGGCUAGGAAGCUCACCAGCUUACAGAAGCAAAUCGACGACUUACGUGGAGAGUUCGAAGCUUACUCCAGGGCGAGAUCUGAUGACAAACCAUACUUUGCAGCAUACAUACAAGAUGGCGACUGGCUGCUGGCCUUCCGCUUGGUGGCCGGCAACAAACAGUCAGGCUACGACACCUACAUGAACGAAAACAUAAACGACGACGAUCCUCUUGUUCGGGCCUUGACCCCGUGCUCCUGUCUCGCUGUCAACAGCACGUGCACCCGACACUAUCGAGGGUCCAUUCUCACCCAGUGGUCGCAGCUACCCAUCAACAAGGUCAGACUGUCGCUGUACGAAGGAGGGCGAGAGAAGGCCUACGCUGUCUUCAAUGGUGCGGGCAGUUCUUCUACAAGCUGGUUCUCUGCUGACAGACUUGAGACCUCCUCCUGGACCGACCUGAGGACGGCACCCAAAAAUUUCUUCUCAAUAUCUGGAGACACUUCGCUCGCCAGACGAUUCUUCAUCAACAGCGUGUACCCAGGGUGUGCUAACGACGCCGGGUGGCUGGUUGUCAAGGACAACGCGGAUACCUGCUCGUGGGGCCAAGUGACUGCGGGGGCCUCCUAUCCACUCAUUCUGUACUCGGCGACAGGAAAUAGAGUCCUGUACUCGUCUCCUGCCGUGUCCAGGGCGGAUUCUCUGGCUAUAUGGGUUUCCUUUAAGGCUCCAGACACCGUUGGUCAAGCCUGCUUCUCCUAAAUAUGUUCAGCUGCCAAACCUCAAAACAGUACGAGACCAGUCCGGACCUUGACGACGUCGGCCAUCGAUGUUUUCCAACAGAGAAAUGAAAAAUCUGUGUACCAUGCUUGAAGUGAAAUUCUACACUUUAAAAGGAUGUUUCAGCUUUGUAAAUCAUAAAUAAAACUAUAAUUGGCAUUUCUGUGACGAUUUCGAUUGUUUGAGAUAUUUAAUGUUAAUGCUUCGGUGAAUGUUUCGGCUUGAGAGAAUCAUGUCAUUGACCACUGCUU